AUGGAUCCUAUAGAAAACUUUAAUAAUAAUUCAACAAAGAAAAUAGGAUUACAAGAUUAUAGUGAUUUAUAUUAUAAUGUUUCAUUAAAUGGAAAGAACGAAGGAGAAUUAGAUUAUUAUACAAUCAAUAAUAAAUCAGAUGUCUUUGAAAAUGAAUUAGAUAAAAAUAAUACUUUGUUUAUACACCAAAACAAUAUUAAUGGUGAAUUUCUAAAUAAUAAUAAUACAAAUUCUUUAGUUAGUAUCAUUGAUAGUUUCGAAAUUCAAACCAACAAUGCAACAUCAAAGAUUGAAAAUCUAGCACUAAAUAGUCCAGACCCAACAAAAGUUGGAAAUAAAGUGGAGGAAAAUAAAGAAGGAACUAAAUUAAAUAAAAGAAUAAAGAAACUUAAAAGAGAAAUAAAAUUAAGACAAAAGUUAUUGGAUAAAGCAGUUUCAAAGAAAAAGGAUGUAAAAGUAAUUUCCAACAAUGAAGAUAAUAUAGGUAAUGGAUUGUUACCUCUGCCCUCAAAGAAUAUAUUAUCCUAUUCAAUGCCAAUGGUGUUCCCAUCAAGUGAACCAAAAGUAAUUAGUGAACAAUAUGUAAGUUUAAAUCAAUCUGCACCUGUUGUAUUCAGUCCAACGGGAUUAUCAAAUCAGCAUACAGUUCUUCCUUUAUCUCCAUUGAUUACAAUUCAAUCAAUGUCAAAUGUCCAGAAUUUUAGUCCAAAAACUAAACAAGGAUUAUUGCCAAAUCCUUAUAUCAAUAGAGUCCAACCUAUCUAUCCUUAUUAUUCACCAUACCAAAAUCAUAGAUCUGUUAAUACUUUCUCACAACAACAUCAUUACCACCAUAAUUAUCAAAUGCAAAAGAUUCAACAACAGCAGCAGCUGACACAACAUAUAGCAAGCCAAAGAAUUGACUACCAAAAGAAAUAA